AUGUUGGGGAGUCCGAGAAGGGCUAAGAAAGUGGAUAUAGACGUUUAUGGUGCCGGAACAUGUGCCGAUAUUCCUCAGGAUGUCUGUCAUUAUGGAGUUUCUGAGUAUACCGGUGAAUGGGUGAAAUAUGUUCCCAAGUACCUAACACGUGAUCACCCCGAGUACGACGUCAGAACACCACCGGAAGCACGUGACAAGGUUAACUUGUACUGCGCCCAUCCAGCUUGUUACUCCAAUCCAUGUCUUCAUGGAGGAAGCUGCAUGGAAGAACUUGACGGGUUCAGUUGCUCCUGUCCUGGGAUCUAUUCCGGAAUUCAGUGUGAACAACAUGCAUGUGACUCCAAUCCCUGUCUUCAUGGAGGGACAUGUGUGGAGAAGAUUGAUGGGUAUAAUUGUUCCUGUCAUGGAGGCUAUGUGGGAAUUCACUGUGAGAAGCCUGUUUGUCCAGACGGAUGGGUGUAUGGAGGAACGAAGUGUUUUCUGGAACUGGCUGGCCGACGAUUCAACUGGACUAGUGCGCGUGACUAUUGUAACGGUCUGGACGAGGUUGUACUCGGAAACGGAAACAGAGUUGGACCAUCUCUACUUCUCAUAGAGAGCGAGGAAGAGUAUGAUCUUCUCAAUCUCGGCAUAUCCUACUUUUGGCAUGUUUGGUACUACUAUCAGUGGCCAUGCUGGUUGAACUGCCAGGUUGUUGACAGGAAUAUAUCUUGCUUCACAGACAGAGCGGGAAACACAAGUGACUACCGAAAUUGGCUUUAUUAUUACGACUCAAGCUCAUACGAGAGUACUGACUGCGUGGCUAUGGACAUUUGGAGUGGCUCUUGGGACACAUAA